UAAAUGCCACCAAGGCAUUUUUAGGGAACAGUGUUGGGAGUGGAACGGGUUUCAGUGCUGAUGUUAAAGAUUUUUUCAAAGUGAACGAACUUAAAAACGUGUGCGUUAUACUUAAACACAAAACCACUACAAACUUCAAAAGUAUUCGCUCAAAUAAAUUUCGUGUAAUAUGCAUUGUGUGGAAUUCUUACAGAUCACGACUGUCUAGAAGAUUUCCAACGGUCAUUAGUACUACGAUCAGCAAGACACACGACCCACUCGGCCUAAACAAGAUGGGGAAAGUACAAAAGCAUCAAAAGCUUGCGGCAAUGAAGAGACGCAUCAAUUUGAAAGAUCAGAGAAUACAAAAGAAAGACAGAUUAAGUAAAAAAAGGAAGAAAAAGGAUGCUCAAAACAUGACCGUAAGGGAACUACCCCAGGCCUCGUCUGCGCUGUUUUUCAAAUAUAACACACAACUGGGUCCUCCAUAUCACAUCCUUGUUGACACCAACUUCAUCAACUUCUCUAUCAAAAACAAACUGGACAUUGUUCAGUCCAUGAUGGACUGUCUGUAUGCCAAAUGUAUUCCCUACAUAACUGACUGUGUGAUGGCAGAGUUGGAGAAGCUUGGCAGUAAAUAUAGAGUUGCUUUGAGAAUUGCCAAAGAUGAGAGAUUUCAGAGGCUGCCGUGUCUACACAAAGGAACGUAUGCUGAUGACUGUUUAGUACAGAGAAUAACACAGCAUAAGUGUUAUAUAAUAGCAACUUGUGAUAAAGAUCUGAAAAGAAGGGUUCGGAAGAUUCCUGGUGUCCCAAUCAUGUUCCUACAGCAGCGAAGGUACACGAUAGAAAGAAUGCCAGACGCGUUUGGAGCCCCAAAGACUUGAGGAUUUUAAGGAAAUUAAAUAAAUAUUUAAAUAAUA